AUGAUUAAAACCUCUGUACGAUUUCUUUCCACGCCAAAACUCCCAAGAUUUGCUGAAACGUUGAAAGAGGCAAGUAAACCCGCACUUCAACAUUCACAUCUGAUCUCCAAGCCAUUUGGAUUGGCGGCUCCAACAUUGUUGAAUCCACAAACUUCAGAUAAAUAUGACUUGUCGUACACGGCUGUGAAGCACAAGAUGUUCAGUGCAGAUGCCAAGGAGAAGAGACAAAAAGUGUUGGAUCAUGAUAUUGCUCAUUCUCCAUUCUAUGAAUCCAAAUCAUUUAAUAAUGUUAAUGGGAAGAUUUUCACCCCACCAGUAUCAUAUUUUAAACGAGACAAGUCUUUGUAUUUCCCAGACUUCCUUGCCGACACCUUGGUGAAUAAAGAGCAACGUUUGGGCUCACUUUGGGAAGGGAAAGUUAGUAUUGUGAGAGUCUUUUCCACUGUUUCUGGGGAAAAUUGUUCAAAGACAUAUUUUGAUUCAGAUCAGGGGAAUUAUUUAACAGAUGGAUAUCAAAGUUUCUCCACAAAGUAUCCAUCGACUCAGAUUAUAGAUGUAAACAUGCCACAGACUGCGUUAAAGAAAUUCAUUGUUAAUCUUUCCAAGGGGAACCUCAAGAAAUUAAUUCCAGAACCUCGUCAUAACAAGUACUUCAUUGCUCCAUAUAAGCUUUUCCCCUUGGAUGUUAGAAAGGAAUUAAAUUGUGACAAUGUAUGUUCAGGAUACAUUUACUUGUUGGAUGCAAAGGGAAGAAUUAGAUGGGCCACCAGUGGAUCUGCCAAUGAAGCAGAAUACUCCCUCAUGUGGAAAUGUGUAGCUGGACUUGAAAAGGAAUUAAAGACAACUUUACCAAAAAAUUGA